ACAGACUUCUUCAUAUCAUCAACACCCAAACCACAGCCAAAUUAAAUAAAUAGCUAGCUUCGGUCAUCAAGUUUGUGAAAGCAGAACAGAAAAAGGAUUAAUGGUGAGACUCUAAUUUAUAAAACAUUUUCCCAAGCUUCGGAGAGGGUGAAGUCGGUAGAAUUCCAUCCAACUCAGCCAUGGAUUCUGCUGAGCAUGCAUUCAGGAGAGGUCCGCAUUCUCAACUUCCAGACUCAAGCAGUGGUGAAGUCAUUUAAGGCCACGGAUUUUCCCGUGAGAUCAGCCAAGUUCAUCCCAAGGAAGCAGUGGAUCGUGACCGCAUCCGAGGACGGCAAGAUCCGAGUCUACGAUCAAACCACCACGGAGCUGGUGAAGGAGUUUCAUGCACACGAGGAUUUCAUCAGGAGUCUCUGCCCACACCCGACGCUUCCACUCCUGCUGUCCGCCGGUGACGACAAGGUGGUGAAGAUGUGGGAUUGGGAGAGAGACUGGGAAUGCACUCGAGUCCUCGAAGGACACUCGCAUUACGUCAUGCAGGUUGCUCUCAACCCACUGGACGGCCAAUCCUUGGCCACUGCAUCGCUCGACAACUCUCUCAAGCUGUGGAACGCUGGCUCGCCUGCUGCGGUCGGGUCACUGGAUGGACAUGCAAAAGGAGUCAACUGUGUGGAUUAUUUGGUAUCAGCUGGAGAUGAUGAUGAUGAUGAUGAUGAUGAGAAGCUGUACAUUCUGAGUGGUUCGGAUGAUUUCUCGGUGAAGGUUUGGGACUGUGACACGAAAUGUUGUGUACAAACUUUGGAAGGCCAUACGAACAAUGUCACCGCGGUGGCUGCGCAUCCGGAGCUUCCAAUCUUCGUCUCGGUCUCUGAAGAUGGGACUUUGAUAAUAUGGGAUGCGACCACGUUCAAGGUUACUGAGACACUGAAUUGCGGGUUGGAAAGGGUGUGGGCUAUUGGGUACAAGGGAGGCUCCAACAAGAUGGUGUUUGGGUGUGACAAAGGGACACUUAUGGUGAAUGUUAGCAUAAGCUCUUAGACCCUGAGGUGCGACGUCGCCUCGUUUGUAAUGAUCAUCUUGAUGUAUUCUAGUGUAUGUAAGGGCGUUUGAGUGUUGUAAGGAACAAUAAGGAAUACAUAUGUAUUGUAAUUGGACUACUAGUCUACUAUUAGUACUGAAAUUUUCUGGUAUGUAUAAUGGGAAAUAUCUGUUCGAUUUCCUAUACAAAUAUGAAACAUAAUAUAAUAUAUGUAAAAUAAGGUAUGCCUCUGGUACUCUGAUUUUGCCUG